UGUUGUGAAGGCAGUGAGUUGUAUACAUAAGUGCAAAAUAUCGCAGAACUGAACGUGUGAUAUUCAUGACACACUUGAAAUGGUUCAAUUCUUUGCUAGGAAGCAGUACGAACCGGUUGGUUCGUGUUUGCAUGUCCACGUGCAAUCACAAAGCUGAGUUCCCCGUUAGCCUCAAACCACGAAAACCGAACCAAACCCUUAGGAAGCACCUUGAAUGCAAUAGGCACACCAAAGUGCUUCUCCUCUUCAGAUCCUUGUUAAGAAAAGGACCAACUUUCAACGCCAUUGACAGCUUUUCUCUGCUUUAUGCCCUCAGAGCCUGCAACAACAAACACUCCUCCGCCCAAGGAAAACAACUGCAUACCCUCAUCGUAAAACUUGGGUACCAAGCCAUUGUUCAACUCCAGACAUCCCUUUUAAAAGUCUACGCCCAGAGUGGCAACCUGCGUGAUGCACACCAAGUGUUCGUUCAAAUACCCUCUAAGAAUAUCAUAUGCUGGACCUCUUUGAUUUCUGCCUAUGUUGACAACCACAAGCCUGGGACAGCUUUGCAACUGUUCAGAGAGAUGCAAAGGAACAAUGUGGAACCUGAUCAAGUCACUGUGACCGUUGCCCUCUCUGCCUGUGCUGAGACCGGGGCACUGGAAAUGGGUGAAUGGAUUCAUGCCUUGGUCAGGUGUAAAGCAGGGCUGAACAGAGAUUUGUGUUUGGAUAAUGCUCUUAUAAACAUGUAUGCGAAAUGUGGGGAUGUUGUGACGGCUAGGAAGGUGUUUGAUGGAAUGAGAAAGAAAGAUGUCACAACUUGGACUUCCAUGAUCGUGGGGCAUGCAGUCCAUGGGCAAGCAAAUGACGCUCUUCAACUUUUUUCAGAAAUGAGCACAGGUAGAGACAAGGGAGAUGGUGUCAUGACCCCAAAUGACGUAACGUUCAUUGGAGUUUUAAUGGCUUGCAGCCAUGCAGGCUUGGUUGAGGAAGGGAAGCGGCAUUUCAGAAGCAUGAGUGAAGUUUAUGGUAUAGAGCCUAGAGAGGCUCACUUUGGCUGUAUGGUGGAUCUCUUAUGCAGAGGUGGGCAUCUGAGAGAUGCCCAUGACUUCAUUAUGGAGAUGACAAUCCCACCAAAUGUGAUUGUCUGGCGAACCUUGUUGGGAGCUUGCUGUGUUCACGGUGAAUUAGAUUUAGCUGCCGAAGUUAGGCACAAACUACUCAAGUUGGAUCCUGGCUAUGUAGGUGACAGCGUUGCUAUGUCUAAUAUUUAUGCAAAUAAAGGCUUGUGGAACAACAAGAUACAUGUGAGGAAUCAGAUAAAACACUCAAGAGCUCCUGGUAGUAGUUCAAUUAGAGUUGGUGAAUUUCUGAUCGUUGAUGGCGAUCAUCCUUUAUGACAGAUAAGCGAUGAUGUUCCAUUGAAGCUUAUGGUUGAUUGCCAAGUUCAUUCUAUCCUAUUAAGCACCGAUGAGAGGUAGCUUACUUAUGUACAAGCUAAUCCCGCAAAGUUGUUUAGUUUCUUUUCUUUUCUGCUCCGAGUUCAACCAUUGUUAUUGUAGGUAAAAACAGGCUAGAAACAAACUAGACAUUAGAACAGUAGAAGUGGUAAUAACUUAUAUAUGACAAGUAUAGCCAAUUCAAGAUUCAACAGUGAAGUUUAGUAUAGGGAUAAAAAUGAGAGUCAAGAAUUCACGGAUGAGUUUUGCCAAUGAUAUUCCCCGGCGAUCCCUGAGUGUUUUUUUUUUUUCUUUAACUGACUCACCCCCACCUUACCUAUGGGUUGUUUUGUUUUGUAAUAAUGGAUCUGACUAAUCAUAGGCAUACGGGUAUACAAGGGGUUUGGGAUCUUUUGGAAUUGGGUUCCUACCAAUCUCACCCCAUAUAAAUUUUGCCUUGUCCACAAGAGAAAGGUAAGAAACUUCUCCUUGAUUUUCUUUGCUUCUUUCCAAGUAGCCUCUUCGACUGUUUGAACAGUCCAAAGGAUAAGCCAUUCAUGACUACCUUGGUAUCAUGCUUACUCUCUCUGGAUGCUAGAAUUGCCUUUGGAACAACUGGAUUUGUAUCUUAAACCUCUAUCUCAGGGAGCAUUGUGAUUUCUACUAAUGUACCUUGAUGAUAUUUCUUGGACUAUAAUACUUGGAAUACAGGAUGAACGUUGGAUACUUCUGGAAAUUGUAGCUUAUUAUAGGUUACCUCCCUUAUGUGGGCUACAAUUUAGAAAGAACAAAAUAGUGUGGAGACAAUUUUGGAUUGAUCUAUGUUUAAAGGCAAUAAAAUGGACAUAUUUAGAUGACCAAUCAACUACUACUUUUAUAACUUCAUAUCAAUGUGACUUUUUA